UUAAAAUGACAGUCUCAAGUUCGUUUAGAAAGAGAAGGCUAAUUCAAAGAAACAACAAGGCAAGCUUCCUUUCUCUGUAGGAAUCGUUAUUAUCCCCCUUCAUCAUGGCCCACCUGGGUGCCCAUUUUGCCUUUAGAUCCCGCUGGCAGAAGACCGACGAUGAACUCUGUCGACAUAGCAUGUCUUUUAUCCUUCACAAAGCCAUUCGCAAUGACUUCUUUCAGAGCUAUCUCUACCUGCUGGAAAAAAUUCCCCUGGUGAAAUUGUACGCUUUAACGAGCCAAGUCAUCAAUGGCGAGAUGCAGUUCUAUGCCAGAGCAAAACUCUUCUACCAGGAAGUACCAGCCACAGAAGAGGGUAUGAUGGGAAAUUUCAUUGAACUGUCCGGUCCAGACAUCCAGGCCUCUCGGAAAUUUCUUAGGAAAUUUAUUGGGGGGCCUGGGAGAGCUGGAACAGACUGCGCCUUGGACUGCGGCUCCGGGAUAGGAAGGGUCAGCAAACACGUCUUAUUGCCUGUUUUCAACAGUGUGGAGCUGGUGGAUAUGAUGGAAUCCUUUCUCCUUGAAGCCCAGAACUACCUGCAGGUCAAAGGUGACAAAGUAGAAAGCUACCACUGCUACAGCCUGCAGGAAUUCACACCCCCGUUCAGGAGAUAUGAUGUCAUCUGGAUUCAGUGGGUCUCUGGUUAGUCCUGCAUGACUUUGGCUCUGCUAUUCUCCCCUUUUCAGCCAGAGAAGACGGUGCUUGGGGCUAAUGAGGGCACCAGGGAAGAGUUAGUUGUAGUACUUCGAGCAGUUAGCUCCCUUAGGUGUCAUGUGAACUCCCACAAAACUCUGAUCUUCCAGAUUUCUCCCUUGACAUUUUCUGUACAAUAAAUUUACAUUUCUUUGAGGAUUUACGUUGGUUCUCGAACCAACCUAAAUGGAGCAAGUGCCUUUGGACCAACCUAAAUCCUCAAAGAAAUCUAAUUACUUGAAAAAAUUUCAAAAGUGCAGUCAAAAAGAUUAAUCCCCAUUUAUUGGCAGAACUAGACAUUCUUAGAUUUAAAUUCCCAGGAAACGAGACAGCAGUGAAUUCGAUUUUGGGGUGUGUGUGUGUGACACAAAGAUAUAGUAAUAGAGGGGUUCUCCAGGGGACAGGGAGGGACUUGUGGGGGUAGACAAUAAUUUAUCUCAUGCGUAUGAGGUCGACAGGCUAGGUAGGAUAAUAUAUUUUACAGACAGGGGACAGAGUCUUCUCUAAGAGGAUAUGUGUCCCCUUAUCUAAAUUUUCAAAGCCUCCUGUAACUAAACGAGGCUAUUAAAUAACUCAUGAAUGAGUGAACAAAUGGUCUCCUGAUUCUCAGCCGUGUUCUUCCCUACUCAUCUUCCAUCCUCCCUACCAUAUCAUCCUGUUCCCCCAUCCACUUGGUCCCCCUUGUAGGGCACCUGACUGAUAAGGACCUUCUUGCAUUUCUUUCCCGGUGCCGAGAUGGCCUGAAAGAAAAUGGCGUCAUCAUAUUGAAGGACAAUGUGGCCCGGGAGGGCUGUAUCCUCGAUCUCUCUGACAGCAGUGUGACUCGGGACAUGGACAUCUUCCGGAGCCUCAUAAGGAAGAGUGGGCUGGUGGUGCUGGGCCAGGAGAAGCAGGAGGGCUUCCCAGAGCAGUGCAUCCCCGUAUGGAUGUUCGCACUGCACAGCGACAGACACUCCUGAAAAAGCAGUGGGAAUGAACGCCCGGACUGGGCAGUGGUGCUUUGGGACAGGGCUGCUAUCCUUCCAGGUGCCCCUUGUAAUGCAGAUAGGGAAGGUGAGAAAAGGGAUACAAUGUAUGUCUGGAAAUAAUUUAUGAUAUAAUAUGUACCUGUUUUCAGUGGUUAUACAAUGUACACACUCUGAUGAGACGUGCAGAAAUUCUGCGGAUUUUCUGGAAAAAAAAAAGUGACAUAUCAGGAAACGUGCUUUAACUCUGUUUGUAUGUGUCUAAACUGUACAAGCAUGCAUAAAAUCAGAAGGCAUAAAGGA